UACUUCUGCGACAGCAUAAAAAAAAGGACUUGACAAUGAUUUGAUACCAUAUUUAAGUAAUAACAAUAGCGGUUAGCGUGUUGCCUUAAUGAAAUCUGAGGGAUGAAUGUGUGGACUUCAGAGACAGCUGUUUUUUUUUUAAGGACUUGAUAAUUUUCUAGUCAUGGUUUGAUAUCAUAUUUAAGUAAUGACUAUAAGAACAAUAGCAGUUAGCGUGCUACUUAAAUGAAGUCUGAGGAGUGAAAAUGGUUUGUGACGGCGUUGUGUGUGUUCCUAAUGAACAAAGCGUUUGUGCUAGAGAGCGCGCCAAUAGAAUAGGGGCGGGCGUCUUGUGUUUCGAACGGUGGCAGAGAAAACGGUCCAAUAGUCAACAGGUGACGUCGAACGUUCUAUCGAAUAGCAGACGAGCGCGUUCGAGACGCCCAAUCAGCGCAGGGUGAUUGGGUGGCAUUAUGGCUUAAAAAGGCCGCGUUCGAAAGCGCCGUUUAUCCUGUUUUUCUAUCCGUAAAGUAUACAGCUCGACGUUAUGGCAAGAACCAAGCAGACCGCCCGUAAGUCCACCGGUGGCAAGGCGCCGAGGAAGCAGCUUGCCACUAAGGCUGCCCGCAAGAGCGCGCCGGCUACCGGCGGCGUGAAAAAGCCUCACCGUUACAGGCCCGGCACCGUGGCUCUGAGGGAGAUCCGCCGUUAUCAGAAGUCUACUGAGCUGCUUAUCCGCAAACUGCCCUUCCAGCGCCUGGUGAGAGAAAUCGCUCAGGACUUCAAGACCGACUUGCGUUUCCAGAGCUCGGCCGUCAUGGCCCUGCAGGAGGCGAGCGAGGCAUACCUGGUCGGUCUGUUCGAGGACACCAACCUGUGCGCUAUCCACGCCAAGAGAGUGACCAUCAUGCCCAAGGAUAUUCAGCUGGCCCGCCGUAUUCGCGGAGAGCGCGCUUAAACGACAACUCGGUCUAAUAUACACAAAGGCUCUUUUAAGAGCCACUUCAUCGUCUCAGAGAACAGCUAAUUUUCGGCAGUUUAUAUAUUAGAACGUGGUACAGAAAGAAAAGAUGAUAUUAAUAAUGUUAUGUGUGUUAAUGACGUACAAGGCUUUCUAUUUAUCAGCAUUAUUAAAAGGCGGCGUUGUGUGUUGCGCUGGAUGGAGCUUGCCUGCUCUCGUGUGCCCAACCUCGGGAAAGGCAAUUUCCCAGCAGCGGUAUUCUGUCAUAAGUGUAUAUUUGUAGUUAGGCCCGAGUGGGGUAAGAAAUGUUACAUGGUUAAUAUUACCGUGUCCUCUUUUUAACCCGUUCAUGAUCAUUAUUGUAUACAUUACAAAGAUAAAGGUAAUGUUCUUCCCUAUUUGUAGAUAUUCUCGAAGUGAAAUAGAUGAGGCCACAAAGGGAACACAUGAAGCAGUGAUGAGAAUGAAAUGGCAAAUAACAUUAGAAAUACAUGAAUAAUGUUAUCAUAAUAGAAUCAAGGUGUGUACUUUAACAUUAUAAAAUAUACAUAGCAGUACAUUCAUAAUCAUUACCAUGAUGUAUGAUUAUGUUUUAAAUGUGUUGUGGUGGUGUGCUGUCCGUAUAUCGUCUGUCUGGCUGGCGCUCGCACACAUAUAGUGAGAUUGGAGCAGCGUUCCGAGUUCUAGAACUAUCCUGAUGGUAUGAUUGAUGAUUUCUCCCUUUAUGACGCCGCGAGUUUUCAAACGUUGUGGUGUCUGAGCUGCCUCUGUAUUCAUUUGAACCGAGUUGUAUUGUAUCAUUGGUGUAUCUAACCUAUUCAUUUGG